AUCAGACACCUUGCUUUAACAAUCGGGAUAGGAAAUGAUCCCCCGAUGUUCGGCGCGGAUGAUCUUCACCAGAUUCCUGCUACGGUAUCGGACACCAUUUACGCCUCCUGGUGAAUUUUCGCCCUCAAUUAUCUUGGACGAGUAUUUAUCUCCCCGCAUUCUCCUCUCGUUGUCGGUCUUCUGGGGCCAAUUCUGAGCUUUUCAUCUUUUUCUCAUCUCCCUUGUCCAGUUCGAGCGAAAGGAUACCAUCACGUAUCAAAACAACGAGACCACGUUGUUAGUUCAGGACCUUACCACCAACAAGCCGUAGAGGACGAACAGGUUAUAAGCUGUCACAAUGCCGUCGAUUUCAGGCAGUAGGACUCUGUACGACAAGGUGUUGGCGGAUCAUAUUGUUGACGAGAAGCUUGAUGGCACAAUUCUGUUAUAUAUAGAUCGUCAUCUGGUUCAUGAAGUCACAUCACCCCAGGCGUUUGAAGGCCUAGAAAAUGCCAGCCGCCAAGUCAGAAGACCUGACAUGACACUGGCGACAACAGAUCAUAAUGUCCCCACAAAGUCCAGAAAAGGCAUGAAGGACAUCUCCACAUUUGUGGAGGAGGAGGACUCUCGUCUCCAAUGCACAACCCUUGAGGAGAACGUCAAGAAGUUUGGAGUCACCUAUUUCGGACUCGGCGACAAGCGACAAGGAAUCGUCCACGUAAUUGGACCCGAGCAGGGCUUCACUCUCCCUGGCACAACUCUCGUCUGUGGUGACAGCCACACCUCGACCCAUGGCGCGUUUGGCGCCUUUGCCUCUGGCAUCGGAACGAGCGAAGUCGAACAUGUCUUGGCCACCCAGUGCCUCAUUACCAAAAGAAACAAGAACAUGAGGAUACAAGUCAAUGGCGAGUUGGCUCCCGGCGUUAGCUCCAAAGAUGUUGUUCUUCAUGCCAUUGGACUGAUUGGCACAGCUGGUGGUACCGGCUGUGUCAUCGAGUUCUGCGGCUCUGCCAUUCGGAGUUUAAGUAUGGAGGCCCGCAUGUCCAUUUGCAACAUGUCUAUUGAGGCUGGUGCUCGGGCUGGCAUGGUUGCCCCUGACGAGGUUACCUUCGAGUAUCUCAAGGGCAAGCCUCUCGCUCCUAAAUACCCGUCUGCUGAAUGGGACCGAGCCGUUUCGUACUGGAAGAGCCUGCAGUCCGACCCGGAUGCGAAAUACGAUAUUGACGUGCAGAUUGACGGUGCUGACAUUGCCCCCACAAUCACGUGGGGUACUAGCCCUGAGGACGUGGUUCCAAUUACUGGGGUAGUGCCCGACCCUGAGACCUUUUCAACCGAAGCCAAAAAGGCGAGUGGCCGACGGAUGCUUGAGUAUAUGGGGCUUACUGCGGGAACCAAGAUGGAGGAUAUUCCGGUUGACAAGGUCUUCAUCGGAUCCUGCACAAAUUCCCGGAUUGAGGAUCUACGAGCCGCCGCCCAGGUCGUCAAGGGCAGGAAGAUCGCUCCGUCUGUGAAACGUGCGAUGAUUGUACCCGGCUCUGGUCUGGUCAAGGAUCAGGCCGAGGCUGAAGGUCUCGACAAGGUCUUUCUGGACGCCGGAUUUGAGUGGAGGGAAGCUGGCUGCAGUAUGUGCCUAGGAAUGAACCCCGACAUCUUGGCCCCCAGAGAACGAUGCGCCAGCACCAGUAACCGAAAUUUCGAGGGCCGACAAGGUGCUCUCAGCCGAACCCACUUGAUGUCGCCUGUCAUGGCGGCUGCGGCAGCUAUUGUGGGCCGGCUCACCGAUGUCCGAAAAUUGACUGAGUACAAGACUAGCCCUCAUAUUGAAGCUUUCAAGCCGACGCCGUCCGGGAAGCCAAAGGUUGAUGAGCGCAUCAAGUACGACGACGAGGCACAGGAGCAGCUCGCAGACCAGCCCGAGGACAACUCACCUCACACCAAUACUAUUGCCUCAAAACCCGAGGGAUCUCAGGGUGUCCCCAAGUUUGAGGUUCUCAAGGGCAUUGCAGCACCUUUAGACCGGUCCAACGUUGACACUGAUGCCAUCAUCCCCAAACAAUUCCUCAAGACUAUCAAGCGUACCGGUCUCGGCUCUGCCGCUUUUUACGCAUGGCGAUUUAAGGAGGAUGGCUUGCCAGACCCUGACUUCGUGCUCAACCAAGAGCCAUACACAAGGUCCAAGAUUCUUAUCUGCACGGGUCCCAAUUUUGGAUGUGGCAGCUCGCGUGAACAUGCUCCUUGGGCGCUGCUCGACUUUGGCAUUAAAUGUGUUAUUGCUCCGUCAUUCGCCGAUAUCUUCUUCAACAACACGUUCAAGAACGGCAUGCUUCCCAUUGUCGUCGAGUCCAAGGACGACAUGGACAAGAUCGUGGCCGAGGCUCGCCAGGGCAAGGAGAUAGAGGUCGAUCUGCCCAACCAGGUCAUCCGUGACGGAUCCAGUAAUGAGAUUUGCAAGUUUGACGUUGAGGAGUUCCGCAAGCAUUGUUUGGUUAACGGCUUGGACGACAUUGGUCUAACCAUGCAGCUAGAGGACAAGAUUUGCGAGCAUGAGAAGAAGAUCACGAGAGACAUGCCCUGGCUUGAUGGUAGAGCCUAUCUGAAGAGAAAGGGCCAGGGUGGCAAGCUUGCCGUGAAAGCCGCGCCGGUACCCAAGACGAACCGAGGCGAGGUGAUCCAGAACCCCAUUGACUGGUGAGACUCAUUUGGGAGAAAAGUGUUUUGUACGAGCGUUUGCUUUGCGAUGUUGGAGUAUCACUACGAGCAACCCUAAAAGAGGAGAGAGAGAGAAACAAAUGACGGGAUAAUCUGAAUUUUGAGGAAUAUUGCAGAUACAGGCUUUGAUUUUGCUGCAUCAAAGCAUGCUAGCUGCCAAGAAUGAUGAAUAAAUCCGAUUGCACAAAUCACCUAAUACUUCUCGAUCAUAUUUGCGCAGAAGUCUGGACUUGUUCCAUGGUUGAGUUACUAGCG